CUUCACUUGGCGCAAUAACUUUUUGAAGGUCGCUGAUCAUGUGUAUUUAAAAUGGAUUUUAGUAAUUUGCACUGCUUUGUUGGCAAGGGCGGUAUGAUUUCUGCCGCCUCAUCUGCUAAUACCACCAAUACAAAUACAAAUGAAAGAGAUUGUAAAAUGAAUCAACCGCAACAGCAACAACAGCCACAGCCACAACAAUCACAUCAAGAACAACAACAUCAAUUGUUUCGACAAACUAAUCCUUAUAAUUUUGGUUCAUGGGAUUGGAAUGCUAUGCAUAACAUGAAUAAUAACAAUAACAAUGUUAAUAGUAAUAAUAACAAUCUUGUUAAUGGUAAUCAACAAUCAAUUUGUCGACCUUUAUUUCCUGAAAAUGAUGUUAUGAAAAUGAUCAAUUUUAUAAAACAAGAAAAUUAUGCUCCUGCAAUGAUUAACCCGGCUAAUUUUGUUCAUGACCAUAACAAUAAUACUGCGCAUAACAAUAAUAAUAAUAAUAGUAAUAAUAAUAAUAAUAAUAAACAAGGAUUAUUAUUACGAGAAACUCAACCACCAUCAUUGGAUAAACUAAUUGAAAUGGGUUAUCCAAAUCCGCAUUAUCCAUAUUCUUUGGAUCAGUUACAUUCACAAUUUCAAUUUAAUCAAAAUAGAUGUUUGUCUAAUGCAACACGAUAUAAAGAACCAACUGCUCCGCCUAAUGAUGAAAAUCCUAUUUAUACUGAAGUUGACAAUAAAUCCAACAUUCAAGAAGAUCAAUCAUCAGUAGAUAAGAAUAAUACUUGUAAAGGCGAAAAAUUUGCAUGUGAUCAUUGUGAAAAGAAAUUCAAAACCAAGUCUUAUUUAAGUGAACAUGUGAAAGUGAUUCAUGAAGGCAUUUUAAUUCAAUGCGAUGAAUGUGGUGAUGGAUUCAAGUCGACUAGUUCAUUGAAAAAUCAUAUAAAUUUAGUGCACAAAGGUUUAGGAUUUCAAUGUCAUUAUUGUAAUAAAGUAUUUACUCAACGACAUACUUUAAUCAUACAUGAAGAAUGUGUUCAUAAAGGUAUCAAAAUAUCAUGUAAUCAUUGUAAUAAAAAAUUCGCAUCUCGAUGGUAUUUGAAAGAACACAUUACAAUUGUUCAUGAAGGCAAUUUAUUAAAAUGUGAACUUUGUGGUCGUUCAUUUAAUUCACAUUGUGCACUACGUUAUCAUUCAAAUAUUGUUCACAAAGAUCAUAAAUUUCAAUGUCCACAUUGUCCCAAGACUUUUCGUUUGAAAAAAUACUUAGAAGGUCAUGUAAAACGUGUUCAUGCUAAUUUGGGUAAAGGAAAUCCACAAACAGUUUGAAAAAGUCAACAAAAUGUAGGCACAUACACACACAUUAUUAUAUUAACACACCUUAUAUUGAAAUGAAGAUGCGUACAUGCGAUUUCAUUAUCUGAAUAUUAUUAUUACUGCUACUACUAUUUAUUACUAAUAGUAGUAGUGGUAGUAAUAGUACUGCUAUCGUUGUUGUUUUUAUAUAAUGAUGAAUACUCCGAACAACUUUGUCACUUUUUUUCAUAUUAUAUAUAUAUACAUAAAUUCUACAUUUAACCAAAUUCAUAUGGUUUUAUCACAAUAUGUGUACUAAUUAUUAUUACUAUCAUUAAUAUUGUUGUUGUUCAACGCUAGUUCUCUGUUCACAAUGUACAACAGAGAAAGUGAAAACCUUCUUUUCUUUUAUAUAUAUGAAUAACUCCAUUUUUUUUAUAAAUUUAGAAUAACUACAACGAAUGAAAUGUAAAUAAAGCAAACGGUAAUGUUUUGCUUCAAUUGUUUUUUUUGUUUGUUUGUUAUCAAUGUUUGUUUGUUUUCCUUGUUCUUCUUCUUCUUCACUGUCAGUUUAAUUGUUUCUUUUGAAAGGAGUUAUAUAUAUAUAUAUAUAUAUAU